AUGUCAAGUUCGGACUGUUCGACUGCGUCCACUACUCCCACAGGAAGACUGACCCAGGUUUACGCGGCCUCCAUGAAUCCGCAGGCAUGCCUCGUUGCACUGCCGAAUGAGCUUCUCGUUGAAAUUGCGAAGCACCUCAAACGAAAAGAUCUGUUUAACCUCGGUAUGGUGAACCGGAGUCUCUCGAACAUCGCAAUGCCUUUGAUCUACGCUGAAGGCAUCGAUCCAAGCAUGUCUCUGAAGUCUCGCGCAGCAUUCGCCUGUCGUAUCGACGAAGAUCCCACGCUGGCCAAGCUAGUGAAGAAGGUUCAUUUCAGAUACGCUUUCACUAAACCUAUGAAGUACCAGAGAGGCGUCGGCCCCAACGGCGAGCUCCCAGGUACUUUGGUAUUGAACGAGCAUCUCACAGCUAUCCACGAUAGGGCGACUGAUCGAGAGCUCCAGAUUCUGUCGACAUCUGUCGCUGCCGCCAUGUGGGUGGAAGAACUUGUCAUCGAGGAUACAUCUUUCCGAGCUGUGGACGAGCAUCGUACAGACACCAUGUACUGGGCUCACCUGGUAUACAACGGCGCUACGGCCUUGCCAUCCUGGACACAGCCAUUUAGCCAUCUAAAGUCCCUCAAAGUCCGCUUUCCUCGAGAGGUAGCAGGAUGGGUACGUCUGGAAAAUUUCCUGCCCGUUAUUGGGCUUCCAUGCAUCGAAGAGCUUCAUCUCCAAGGUUUUGUCGAAACUCAGCCCCCCCAGAGCUGGGACUACAAGCCUAGAUCUUCCAACGUCAAGGUUCUCAUUCUUCAAGGUGCUUUCCUUCACUGGCAGAUUGUUUCCUAUCUCGUGGAAUCAUGCAAAGCUCUCGAAUACUUCCACUACACAUACACAGCUCUUAUGUCCGCUCGACCUGGCUUCAAUCCUCCCGGCUUCCAUCCCAAUAAGAAUUGGGCUCCACACUCGUGGGCCGGAAUCGGGCACGCACUUCAGACUCAGAAAGACUCUCUUCGUGGACUUGAGAUCCUCUACGUGGUGGAUUAUGUGCGAUUGGCGAGGGCGGCUGUGUUCCAUCCUGUCUACGCCUGGCAAAUUGGCACCCUGGGCUCUUUCGCUGACUUUGACAAUCUGGUGCACCUCCGUGUACCUGUUGACGCCCUCAUCCCCGCUUUCAUUGUACCUGGUGCUGGAUCGACAUAUCUCGCCGAGCGUCUUCCCGUUGGGCUUGAAACCUUGACCAUGCGGUACGACAGAAACACGGAGCUGGCUGAGCUGCAGUGCAUCCAGAGCAUUAUGGCAGUAAUCGCAAGCAACAAGGGACGGAAGCUACGUCGAUUACAUCUGAUCCUCGCCGAUGAUGUACCGUUCCAAAAGUACUCCAUUGGCGGGUGUAAGGAGGCAGACAUUCAGUUUGUCAUCACGAGGACUCGUUCGCAUUGGAGCGUGGGGAGGGUCGUGUACUGCACUGGGUGA